GUUGCCUUCUAGGAGACUCAAUUUCUGCCUAGCAUUUUCAUAUGUAAAAGUAUUAACCCUUAAUCUAGGAUAUCACCGAAACUUUCAGUUCCAUUCUCGAUUCUACUAGCUAUUAUAAAUAAACAGCUUCAGUCACAAUGAUGUUGAUAUUUUCUCUACCUUUCAUCUUAUUCCUCUCCUUUUCCGCAGCUACCACCACCACUACCGGUGUGUGUUCACCUGUGAUGUGGCAAGGCACCGGUACCGCGACCCUUAGAACGGGCCCUCCUAAGCCCCAGCAUACCCGUAGUGUAGUCCGUACAUCGCCUAUCAAACCCGGCGAAAUUAACUGUCGCUAUUGGGGCGGAACAUACGAUGAAGUCGAUAAAUCUGCUUGUACGAAGCUAAUUCAGAAAUAUCGAAUCACCGGGUUAUAAUCCGGAAGUGACCCAUAGACGCACUCUGGAUCAUCGGGAUCCGCAUGACGCUCAUGGUACUCGAACCAGUCAUCCUCCCAUUUACCAAGUUGGUAAACCCGUACCGUGAUAGAUGAGACCCCCGGCUAAGUGAUUGGCAGCUGCGAUAUCGGAUGCCAGCUAGUGCCCGCAAGAGUCUGUCGGAAGUAAGCUUCUCAACCUAGAUCCGGGCUAUACUCACCCUCUAGAACCCAGACUGAAGUUUCUAGAGGCCCGUUCAAAGUCCAAAAGAGGCGAGACAUAUCACGGACAAAACGCGCGUGAUUCCCAGCACUACGAAGGGACUCGAAAGAGGGGGGUGUUUCUCUUGUAUUAGGGGUUGACAUUGCUAGUAGUAACAAGCGAGCCUCGGCUUUAGAAUACACUGGAAAGGGGUAGCGAUGAGAAUCGGUGAUUUUUAAUCGUAUAGGUUAUGAUAAAUGAAGCCAUAUUCUGCUCAAAUACGUUU